CACUCUAAGUUUCCUUGGCCUAUUGCAAACUCCACCGCGAUCUUUCCAAUUGGGAGUGGCACUGGAAGCCACUCUACGAUCUAUUCCACAGAUACUGUAACAAGCACUGCCACUUCUCAAAUUGCAAUCACUCUGGCCCCUCCAACAGCAAGACCCUCACCUACAUCAAUGACUUCCGGGACCCCUGGUUCCAGUCUUUCUCCUGGUGAUGCAGCCUGUGUCAGCGUCAAGGAGCUUGUGGCUUCGCAAACUUCUGCAUCCCCCAAAGCUACCCCGACCAUCCCUGCUGAAAUUGCUUACGAGUGCUUGAACGCCGUACCAUUCAACCAGAGCGCAGCGGCAGACUUGUUGGAGAGUAUGAGACCGUAUCUCCAAUGGCAAACUACUAUUGAGUAUCUGAAAGACCCACCUGCUGAGUACGCCGAGAAGAUCCAAGCUCCCUACGACUUCUGGAAUGUCUUCGAAGGUAUCGUCGCCAAGGUAAACGCUGGCGCUUAUGCCAGCGAGUAUGCCUUUGGUUUCGAUCUUUACGAAGCUACUCAAAAGACCCACGAUGGACACUUCGCCUUUGUGCCUGACAGUGUCGUUGGAGUUUUCAGCUUUGGACGCAAGACCCCUCUUGUCUCUGUAUCAGAAGACGGAACGAGUCUUCCCGUCAUCUACGCCUAUGCAGACCUUCUCACCGCAUCAUUCGGAAACGCAACAUUUACACCUUCUCCAAUCACCCAUAUUGAUGGCAGAAACGUGACUGAAUAUCUGCUUGAGUGGUCUCAGUACGGUAGCCUCCAGGACAGGGAUGCUUUGUGGAACAAUCUAUUUUACAUCCCUGCCCAGGUCUCUCUCGGAACAUCAGGCACUGGUACUGGUACAUUUAGCGGAGGCGGUCGCGGUAGAUAUGUCUACCCUGGAGCUACGACGACCUUCGACUUUGCCAACGGAACAUCGGCCACUAACGAGAACUUUGCACGCGUGCUCCAAGAUUUUACCAACAUCACCACUGGUGCCGAUGUCUAUCAGCAGUUCUUUGCUGUGGGCCCUGAAGCAUACCAAGACGCCCUGCAGCUCGCUACAUCUACGACCAGCAGCAGCACUACUAGCCCAACUACCAACGCCACCAGCUCGACAUCAAUGGCUGUGAAGACUACUCCUGCCCCAGGAUACCCUUCUCCAGUGGUCAAACAAACCAACAACCUCAACUCAGGCUACUUCAUCCCCGAGGCCGGCUAUGACGAUGUGGCAGUCCUAGUUGUGCCAUCCUUUGUCAGCCUCGACACUGCAGAAGUCGAGUUCCAGAACGUCAACAGUGAACUCAUCGCCGCUGCACUAGCCGCAAACAAGACCAAGCUCAUCAUCGACGUCUCUGCCAAUGGCGGUGGCACUAUCUUACAAGGCUAUGAUCUCUUCAAGCAGCUCUUCCCAUCCAUUCUUCCGUAUGGUGCUACUCGUUUCCGCGCACAUGAAGCAUUUGACGUGCUUGGUCAGGAGUAUUCCGAGAUCUCGGCACACUAUCCUAGGAGCUUGGCUGAAAAUGAUACUGUUCGCGGUAUACUCUCUUCGGCAUGGAACUACCGCACCGACGUCGAUGUCAACUACGAAAACUUCAACAGCUGGGAUGAGAAAUAUGGGCCUCAUGAGUUUGGCCCUUACAACGAUACCUUCACUUCCAUCAUUCGAUGGAAUUUGUCCGAUGUAUUGACUACGGAUAACUCUGGCGGUAUUGUUAUCAGUGGCUAUGGAAACCGCACGAACGUCACUACUCAACCUUUCGCUGCCGAAAAUAUCAUCAUCGUCUAUGAUGGCUACUGUGCCAGUACAUGCACCAUCUUCUCUGAGCUGAUGCGCCAACAAGCCGGUGUAAAGACCGUCGCUCUCGGUGGCCGUCCCAACUACGACAUCAUCCAAGCUGUUGGCGGUGUCAAGGGCACAAACGACUUCCCCUGGAGCUACAUUCUCGAAAGUAUUGAAGGAGCUUUCUCCUUUGCCAACGAAACUCAUCGCGAAUACUUGAACGACAGCACUCCUUUCGGCUACUACAAUCAACUGCCACUCUAUCGCUCAGCAUCCGGUCCCGUGGUCAACAGUAGAGAUGGCAUCAGACAAGGCGACACUACAGAAACGCCUUUACAGUUUGUUUAUGAACCAGCCGAUUGCAGGAUCUUCUAUACACCAGAGAUGGUGGUUGAUCAAGAGGCUGUGUGGAAAUCUGUUGCUGACAGUGUGUGGGGAGAUGUCAAUCAUUGUGUUGCAGGUAGUGAUCAGUUCUAUGGUCGCAGCAAGAGAAGUGUUGGGGUGCAAGGGCAGAGGCAUAUGGUUAGAAGAGACAUGAACUUUGCUGAGCAUUGGGAGGGUCUGGGUGUUAGUACUGGAGAAGGACUGACACUUGGUGGUGAUGCUAUUAUGUAUCCUUAG